UGACAUGACGUUGACACUUGAAUUUAUAUUGUUUUUGACUUCGUUGAGAUUUCAUUGAGGUUAUUGUAAUAGUGCAAAAACUGGCAAAAAAAAUUAUUUCAGAAUAGUUAAUCAAGCGUCUAAGUUAUUAAUUAAAUUAUGGGGGUCUUAAAGAAGACCACAGGGCUUAUGGGAUUAGCAGUUGCUCCUAACCCUCAUCAUACUCUCGGCGCACUUUAUGGAAAAAUUUUGCGAACCUUGAAUAAAAUGCCAGAAAGUGCAGCUUACAGAAAAUAUACUGAACAGAUUGUUCGAGAGAGAGCAGCCGUGUUACAGCAGACAAAGGAUACAUAUGAAUUAGAAUCUAAAAUUAACUGUGGUCAAGCUGAAGAACUUAUAAUACAAGCUGAAAAUGAACUGAACCUGGCCAGGAAAAUGUUGACCUGGAAACCAUGGGAACCUCUGGUAGCUAAACCACCCAAAGGGCAAUGGGACUGGCCUCCAGCUAAGGCUUAAAAUGGAACUGAAAUAAUCAGA